UCCCUGCCUCCCUCUCCCUCCUGCUCGCUGUGAUGCUGCAGCUCCCCUAGUCUCCCCAGUCUCCUGUAAACAGCAGCCAUGGCGACAGUGGUCCAACCGCUCUCCCUGGAUCGAGAUGUUGCCCGGGCGAUUGAGCUGCUGGAGAAGCUGCAGGAGUCGGGGGAUGUUCCCGGGCACAAGCUCCAGUCUCUGAAGAAGGUCCUUCAGAGUGAGUUCUGCACAGCCAUCAGAGAGGUUUACCAGUACAUGCAUGAAACAAUUACAGUGAAUGGCUGUCCGGAGUACCAAGCAAGGGCCACAGCUAAGGCCACGGUGGCAGCUUUCGCAGCCAGCGAAGGUCACUCCCACCCUCGGGUGGUGGAGCUGCCCAAGACGGAGGAAGGCCUGGGCUUCAACGUGAUGGGUGGCAAGGAGCAAAACUCACCCAUAUACAUCUCUCGCAUCAUUCCCGGAGGUGUGGCUGAAAGGCAUGGUGGACUAAAGCGAGGGGACCAGCUUUUGUCUGUCAACGGGGUAAGCGUAGAAGGAGAACACCACGAGAAAGCGGUGGAGCUCUUGAAGGCGGCCAAGGACAGUGUGAAGCUGGUGGUACGCUACACCCCCAAGGUGCUGGAGGAGAUGGAGGCUCGCUUCGAGAAGCUCCGCACGGCCCGGCGGCGUCAGCAGCAGCAGCUCCUGAUGCAGCAACAGCAGCAACAGAACCUGAGCUCUCAGCAGAACCACAUGUCGUAGGUUGCUGCAAAAGAAGAAGUAAAGGAGUGCAAAGGGUGGAUCCCUAAAGACCAUCUAUGUUGAGAAUCCCAAAGGAAUCGCUCCGUCAGGGAGGAGAACCGACAAGUAGAAGACUAUUUUGCAUACUCUCUCCCUUCCAGUGUACCACAGAUUACUGAGCAAAGACAAAGAAUGCUUUUGUCCUGAAAUUGGUGCUUUGAAAAAACGAGUGAGGGACAUUGAAAUCUGUCCAGUUCAACUGUAUAUUCCCUUUUAUAAGUUGACCCCCUCUGUUGUAACUUUUACUGAGUCUCCCUUUCUUGUUUGUGUUGGGUUUUUUUUCGUUUUACAUUUCUUCUGCUUCCAUCUAUAACACAGUGAAAACUAUUUUUUCCCCCAUUUUUUCCCCAUAAAUAUCAUUUGUACAGUGGUGUUUCUAUUGAUUAUUGAACUGGUGCUUGUGUCUCCGUAUCAACAAACAUUGAUUUCUUGUCCCGUUUCGGAUAAACUCUUUUUUACCUUAUAUAUUGUAGCAGGAAAAGAUUUUGUAUCUUGUAGAUUUAGCAAUAACACCCAGUUCUUCAGUUUUACCUUUUUUUCUUAUUUUUUCCCCCCUCUAAAUUCAUGACGGAUAUACAUACAGUGCAUAUUCAAGGUUAUGUGCAAACGUAGGUCGCCGUACCACAAACCGGGUCUCAUGCACUGUCAGGCAGCUUCGGAGUCCAAAUUCUCUGUGCCAUUUGAAGAGAUUAUCGAUUUACAGGAAGCAUGUAGAGUUAAGGUGCAAUAAACUGUGAUCACACCAAGAGUUUAUUUGGUAAUCCCAACUAAAAUGUACUUUGAAUAUAUACAUGUACAGUAUGUAUAUGUAUAUAUAUAUAUUAAUCCUCAGAUUUACUUAAUGUGUCCUGUUCCGACAGAUAAACAGAAUGUCAUGAGCUUUUAUUUUAUGGGAAUAUAAUGAAAAUAGAUGCUGUCAUUAUCUUUUAUUUUUUAGAAUAGUUUAUGGUUGAAUAUAUAUUUAUCAUGAAGUUUUACCGUCCUUUGGAAUAUUUUUAAAACACGCAGAUUAUUAAAAAGUUGUAUGAGCUCUGAAUGCUAUCACGUGGAUUUGUUUCUCGCAUUUUGUUUUGACAAUCAUUGUGAAAAGUGCUGAGACUGAUCUGAAUGUUUUACCUUUUAUUUUUUCCUCUUUAUCGCAGAAAUCAGUUUUUUUUGUGAAUAACCAGUAGUAUCGCUCCAUCCCGAUCUGUGUUCAGUUUUGUUUCCAUCUUUGGUGCUAAGCGCUCCUUGUUGUGGUUUUUUCAGUCAGUCUUUGUGUUUACUGCUGAUUUUCUUUUCUUUCUUACUAGCAGCGCUAUUUCUAAGUUUGUUCAGCCAUGCAGGCUUCACCACUUUGGCUUCUCUAUCUUCUAUUUAUUCAAAAACAAAUCAAAAAUGUAAAGGAAAAAAAAAUACUCAAAGAAAACCAAAUGUUUUUCUCCACUGAGAAAAAGUUACAAUUUCUUGAAAAUUUCUUUCGAGUGAUUUGAGCGUUCAUUAAAAGUAAACAAUAAUUUAAGUUGUCGGUUUCAACUUUAAACCCCCCGUGUUAUUGCACAAUUAAAUUCCAGGAGUCGUAAAUCCUUCUAUACUGCUAACAUAUGAGCUGCGACAUAACAACAAAACCACUCUCCAAAUAACAUGUUAACAUUGAGGCCAAUUUAAUGCCAAACGUUUGUGUCAAAGUACCUGAAGGUUCUGGUUAGAUGAUAACAUGCCCCUUACUAACGCCGAAAAGUACAUCUUAAUAAGACCCUUUUUGUAUCUUUAAAUCACAGGUACUCUUUCUUAAUUAACUUGCAUUUUGACGCUGAAAGUCCUGUACUGACCGUGAAGAUAAUAAUAAAGACAAACUGUUAAUAUGCAAUUGUUAUACAUAGUAUAUUUGUAUAAAUAAAUAUAUGUGCUUGUGUA